AUGAGAUUUGCAGCCGCUGCAUCGACGCUGCUCGUGGCCGUCGCGGCCGUCGACACAACGGUAGACCUGGGAUACAGCAGGUACAAGGGCAUCACGCAGGCAAACGGCGUCAGUCAAUGGCUGGGCAUCCGCUUCGCCGCACCGCCCGUGGGCGACUUGCGGUUCGCGCCGCCGCACGACCCCAAGAAUACCACCGGAGUGCAGCCCGCCGACAAGUACGGUCGAGCGUGCCUGGCCACCGGUGCAGACCCCAAUGACAAGGACACGUCUGACGACUGCCUCUUCCUCGACGUCCAGGCACCGACCAAGGCAUCGGCGGGCUCCAAGCUCCCUGUCUUCCUCUACAUCCAGGGCGGCGGCUUCAACCUCAACUCCAACACCAAGAUCAACGCCUCGGGACUGAUCGCCGCGAGCGACUUUGGCAUCGUCGUCGUCAGCUUCAACUACCGCGUCGGGCCGUACGGCUUCCUCAGCAACGGCGGCGACGACGCCAACGCCGUCAAGCCCAACAACGGGCUGCGCGACCAGCUCAAGGUCAUGCAGUGGGUGCAGGACCACAUUGCCAAGUUUGGCGGCGACCCCGACCACGUCGUCGUCGGAGGGUCCAGCGCUGGUGCCGAGAGCGUCGCCCUGCACCUGACGGCCAACUACAGCACCGACGCCCGCCUCUUCCACGGCGCCAUCGCCGAGUCGCCCUCCUUUGCCACGAUGCUCACCGUCGAGGAGGCCGGGUACCAGUAUCGCCAUCUAGCCGCACGCCUGGGCUGCGCCGUUGCAGACAGCCUCGCCUGCCUGCGCAACAAGACCGCCGCGGAGCUCCAAGCCCAAAACUUCAACAUCCCGCUGCCAGGCGCUGCGUUAGCUCCAGAGUACAUGUACCUGCCGACCAUUGACGGCGAGUUCGUCCCCGACUACACGUACCGCCUCCUCGAGCAGGGACGCUUCCUCCGCGUGCCCACCAUCUUUGGCGACGACACCAACGGCGGGACGCGGUUCGCGCCGCGCAACACCUCGACGCUCGCACAGAGCAACUCGUACAUGCUGGACCAGUACCCGUUCAUGACGCUCGCGCAGCUCACCGAGGCGAACAAACUGUACCCGAACCCGAACACGACGUGUCCGCACGAGGGGUGCUACUGGCGGCAGCUCAGCAACGUGUACGGCGAGGCGCGCUACAUGUGUCCCGCGCGGGCAUUCACGUCGGUGCUUUCGCACGCCGGCGUGGCGCGCUCGUUUGCCUACCGGUGGGACGUCGAGGACCCGGAGCAGAUGGCCGAGGGGCUGGGCGUGCCGCACACGGUCGAGCUGAGCGCGCUCUGGGGGCCGGAGUACGCGCCCAGUCCGCCCAAGAGCUACGAGAAGGGCGGGGUGAAUGCGCGCGCGUCGCCGGUGAUGCAGUGCUACUGGGUCAACUUUAUCAAGCAUUUCGAUCCUAGUGCGGGGAGGGGCUGCGUUGGCGAGGGCACGGCGCGGUGGGAGGCGUGGUCGUCGCGCCGACAGAGCAGGAUCGUGUUCCAGACGGGCGCCAAGACGAAGAUGGAGCCGUUUGGACAGGCGCUGAAUACGCGGUGUGACUUUUGGGCCAAGUAUGGUGUUGCGCAGCGGUUGUGA